AUGUCGCUCACAAUUUCGGAGCGCAGGAGGUUGUCCAACUUCUGUAGCCUUUCCGCCUUUGCUCUCUAUUACUACAACUUCCUCCUUACAUUUCCAGAUGAAGUGAGAGUCGUGUGGCGUCGUCGACUGUCCGUUCCGAACGUCCUGUACAUUCUGAUACGCUACUCGACCCUGGUGUAUGUUGUGAUCAUAGUUGCCUACCUAGCGGUGGAUUUUGGAUGCAAUACGUUUGUCGGUUCCUUCGCUGCUGUGCGCUCACGCUAA